GGAGAGACUAGGUGCGGGCGAUCAUCAUCAUCGACGCCUGCUGAUUAUAAAAUAUUCAUAGUUGAGCGUGCAAGAGAGACACAAAGAGAGAGGAAGCGAAAGAUGGGAGUAGGGAGAGAGGAUGAGGGAAGUUCACCGUCAAAGGCAAAUUGAACUCAUAGCACCGACUUACCUUCGCGCUUCGUGCUUCAGCCUUUCAGCUUAAGAGUGUAUACAUUGUAUCUCCACCUUCCAGAAACCAAUUGAAUUUAACUUAUUUGGACAUUGCAAAUAAUACAUUCCUACGUUCGGGUAAUUUCUAUGGAUCUAGUUCCGGACAGUCUUAUGUAAUAAAAACCUGAUUCGUUCACUUUCAAUAAGGAAUAUAUCAAGGAUUAACAACACGCACUUAAGCUCAACAAUGAUUAUUCUGGUACCAGGACUUAUCUCCGUUGCGUUUGCAGCCGUCAUGAACUCAUUAUUCAAGCCACCAUUGACCUUCUUCCUCCCUCUCCUCCUCCUGGUGUCUCGGGCCAAACUUUCCCCAUCGCAACGGCUACCGGGCAACACCCCUGGUGAUUCUGGGCGGCACCCGGAGCUCUUCUACGAGAACGGCCUCUUGCCCGACGGCAGGGAGAUGACAGCCUAUGCAGCACAGGGAACCACCAAAAAAUUUUUCUUCACGGUUGAAGAAGACAAUACUCCGGUACGAAUAGUGGUGACUCCUUGUUCGGCCAGGAUAGAAUGGAAUUUAUCAAUGCUAGAGCUCCCAGAGGACGGCAGUGGUUCCAGUGCUGCUGACCAGUUAAGCGAACAGCGCCCUCGACGGCAGCCUACAACUGUCCCUGGGACGAUCCUUAAGAGCUAUUCGGGCUACGACGCGGGAAAAUAUAUGACCAACACAUCUCCAGCGUGCACCUAUGUCUUAGAGGUGCGGAGUGUUGAACGAGGGACGUCCUUUCAGAUUUAUGCGACGUCGACACCCGAUUCGGAUCAUUUCUUUCCAGAGCUCCCGAGUGAUCCGCAAGUCGAUGUGACGUCAUUCAAUAAAAACCGGGUGUCGUUGGCGUGGAAGCCGAGUCCUUCCGAUGUGGUUUACCAUCAACCGGUUCGAUACUGCCUGGCGAUCAACACCAGACGAAACUACCACACAUGGUGUGGUGUCCAGGCCAGUGUUCCGGGUGGCGGUUCCAAUCCGUUCCCGUCAUCGCAAACGAGGUUUGGCUUCGAUUCGGAAAGAGAAAUGCGUCGGGCUAGGAAGCGGAUUCAAGAAGAACAGGCUAUUCUUAGCAGAUCUGAGGAAGCUCCUGAUAUGGUGAUUGAAUGUGUCGGCUCAAAGACCCUGCAUACGAUUACCAACUUAGAUCCAGCUACGAGAUACUUCUUUGACCUCUUUGCCGUGGAUCAAGUUACUAAUCGAAGCGUAGCCUACAUUGGAACGUCGAUCUAUACCCGCGCCGAACCUCCCGAUCGUAGGAUCAUAAGAUUAAAAGAUGGUGGGCUGAGAACGAUCAGGGCAGAACGCUCGAGUUCAAUCAAGCAGUUCAGAUUCCCAGUAAGCGGCAAGUCGCGUGACCAGGAUGUCAAUGUCACUAUUCAGUCAUGUUCCCAAAAAAUUGCGGUAGAGAUCUGGAGAGAAGGGGUGAAGAUUCGAGAUGCUCCAGUGAAAUCCCUCAAACAUUUCAGCAUACGUAAUGUGGAAGAUGAACUUCUGAUAAAAGUCAAGACCAGGAGGCGGACACCGACAGAUUAUAAAAUAUUUGCGACAACAAAUCCAUCAAAGUACCCUUUUCCGCAGCUCCCAAAAGACAGCACGAUAAGAGUUUUCAAAAACUUAAGACAGUGUACGUCAGUGACGCUGGCGUGGUUAAGCACAAAAGAGGUUUCACAAUAUUGUUUGUAUAUGCGGGAGGAAGAUCCGAAAAGCAGAAGCCUCAUCAGGCAAGAUAGCCGUUGUCAUGGACCGAAGAAUCGGAAAAAGAGCGAGAAAGUGUUAUGUCGCUCGGUCAAUGGUGCAGAAGCAGAAAGAGACGCUUUGACAGAAGUGGUUACAGGCCUGAAGCCAGGCACUAAAUACAUUUUUGACGUGUAUGUCAGUGGGGUCGGCAAGGAGACUCUUGCAUACAAGAGCAAAACUGUGAAGACAAAACGGACUUGUGACGUUUGAAGGAGAGGACUUCUCUCGAAAUGGUAAACACAACACUUGUUGCAAGAGGCUGAAAGACGAACAUAAUGGAUCAAACGUGUGCUAAAAAUCCGCAGGGAACGACAAACUCUGGUCGAAGCUGUUAUGUAUCGCCCUUUACAGCCUUCAUAGGUUGUUGACGCGAUGGUGAGGACAGGACCAAGUGCUACUGCAAAGGCCAUGGUGGAUUAACACUUUUGAGACACUGUCGAGGCGCCCUCUACGUGGAAUUGGAGAAGCCAUAGAGGUCGCUCCAGUGAAAAGUGGCAUGUCGAACACCGUAACCUAUAUCAUAUUUUAUCCACUGUAAAUUGAGCCACUCACUUAUUUAAAGGUUUACAGGUGUCGUAUAUGGUGGAGUAACAUCUCAUCACCGAUCGCCACAUCAAAGCAUGUAAGAUAUCGGUAUCGGAAGAGUGGAGGAUAUCGGAAUCUUUAAUUGUAUGGACGAUGAGAACUGUCAAUAUCGAUAUUAUCACAUAUGUGUCGUCUGAAUUAAUCCGAUGACGCGAUCGUAAAUGCAAAUAACGAUUGUAUAUAUUUCGUCAACAUGAACUCGUCAUCAUAAUCUGAGAAUGUAUUCGUAUUUAAUUCAUUACAAUGUCUGCAUUUCUUUCAUACAUUUUGUGAUUUUAAUCUUAUGAAAUUGGUGGCCUUCAAGUGUUUUGACUUAUUUUUGUUUCACUGCCAAGUAUAUUUUAAGUGCAAGUUUUAGUGAGUAUUUUUUCCCUGCUGCAGAGCUAUUGUUUACGAUCUAUUUUUGGCGAUCAUUAAGACCACGUUCUAUAUCAGCAUGAUCAGUAUGUUGUUAUUUAAAGAAAAAUAUGCUGAAACGUACAAUUGGAAAUCAGUGAUUUCUGAAUAAUAUUUUAUGAACUUACGUGCAGGUUUCAUUGGAAAUGUCGUAUGGCGAGUGUCUUCGAUAAUGACAAAUCAUGUCCAGUUUACGGGAUGCGUUGGCUUGUCUAUGAUUAUAUAACAACCAGCCCACUGUAAUGAUACAGUCAGACCAGGAAAACUGACUCUUAACCGACCGACGGAAUGUCGUUCGAAGUAACGGAAUAGAUUUGAUCUAUCUGGAGUGGGCUUGGUUGGUGUGACUGCGACGUACUGAUCCCACUGUGCCAGACUUUAAAAAUCCAGGUUUUGGGUAUGUUCUGCUCAAAAUCAAUGCAGAAUAAAGGCAUCAUUUACCUCACUUCAUAUAUAUGGUGAUCAAACAUUAGUUCCGCCAUCACUUCUGCGUUGCCGAUUUAAAUGCUUACAUGAUGAAGAAGAAAAAACAUCAUACCGGUGUUUAUCUAACCAUUGAAAUGCAUGAGGAGUGGUGAAUUUACAUUAAAUGGGAAGUCCACUCUGACAGAAAGUCACCAAUAUUUUUUUAUUACUUUUAAUGCUAUUUUUAUCACGACCUUUCCUUCAGGGCGAGUUUCCCCUUUAAUGUCUUGCCAAAAUAAUGCCUAGCCCUAUUGAAAGUCGAACCACGGUAA